CCGCUCGACUUCGCAGUCGACAGAGCCCAUGCAGCAGUCGAGAGCGGCGUCAUCAUCGCACUCACAAUCUCGGGUCCCCUCUCCAUCACCAUCGCGUCCUCAGUCUCGCCCCCCGUCUCUGUCAGUUGUCGUGCCACCAACUCGUCCGACCUCGCCGACGCUCACACCUGCUUCGGCGUCGGACUCUGGAGCAUCAUCGAUCCUACCACCAGAACCCGAAGCUGGACCAUCAACGCCUCCACCCGUAGUGCAGAAGCCUGCCACGGCGACCCCUCCUCCGCCCCAGCCGGCAGUGUCUGGCAGACUCAAGAUCGGAAAUUCUCCUGUUACGAGGUCACGCUGCCGCUUCCACAAAAUCAGCUUACCUCGCGAAGAGAAUGGGCCGCGCAUUUACUUCGUCGUUCCUGGCUGUUCCCUCAGCGACAAGGAACUGAUGAAGGAGGAGGAGAUUGUCGAUCACGGAGUCCCUAGCUUCCCACAAGGCACCAAGUUGUUGGCAGACAUCGAUCACUUGAAACUGAACCCCUACAUGCUGGGCGUGCUUCGCCAGCUUGUCGGCGUCGACCUCCUCCGGGAACAAGAGGUGUUCUACUUGCCCCAGGAAGGGGAGGAGUAUGCGUGGAAACCCAAGCGUCAACACAAACACACCGUGUCCAAGGCAAAGUUAUCCGCUCGCGGACGAAAGUCCAUCGGAGCUCCUAUUCAGUCUGCCCCUGACUCCAACGGGAUCGCUGAAAGUAUUUCUGCUGCGAGAGCGUACUCCCGCGCAGGCUCCGUCUCCACUGUCUCAAGUCGUCAGAGUCGGAGAGGUCGUGCAUCAGGCAGAAGCAGCGUCGCCUAUAGCGCUUCUGUCGCUGGUAGCGACCUCAGUGAACUGAGUGAAGACGAAGAGCCGCCCAGCAAACGGCGAAAGACGGAGUCCGGUUCAUCGCCCCCGGCGGAAGUGGAGGGUGACAAGGAGGCAUCUGCGUCUCAGGCUUCAGCGGUGGCACCUCGGAGGCUAUCGAAGCGUUCAAAGCGACUCGGUAAAGAUGCCUCCGCCUACAAGCCGGAUCCUGAGGACGUUGUGGAUGUCUCGGAUGACGAGUCAGGGCCGAGUACGAAGCGCAAGAAGAGGGGCAAGCAGAGAGGCACCAAGCGUUCCAGGUCGGAUGAGCCUACUGAGGAGACUGUCGUUGAGACGGCCCCGCCGAAACGGCGCAGAACACGGAAGAAGGCUAUACAAGAAGCUAAUGGUGAAGACAAGUAACUCGUUUGCUACAAAAGACUACCUUAAUACCCGGGAGCUAGCUGAUACGUGCUGCUACAUUUGUGAUACCUAUACUGUACGAGGAAUCUGUGCCGUCUGUAUUAUAUCCUUUUCUCCUGCUCAUCAAAUUGGAUUUUCACGCACCGUGAUGCGCGUAGUUUGGA